CUCCAGAAGCAGGGCGGAGCCUAGGCUCUAGGCGGCGGCAGCUGCCGUGGGGCUCAGAUGCGCCACGGACUCUGUAGCGACGCCUUCGCCAGCUGGGUCUGAGCCUCGCCAGCCCCUCCCCCAGGAGACUGUUGCAGUCGGCCAGCCGCUGCUCCACCGUAACGAUGUGCGACCGAAAGGCGGUGAUCAAAAAUGCCGACAUGUCGGAGGAGAUGCAACAGGACUCCGUGGAAUGUGCUACUCAGGCAUUGGAGAAAUACAACAUAGAAAAGGACAUUGCGGCCCAUAUUAAGAAGGAGUUUGACAAGAAGUACAACCCCACCUGGCACUGCAUCGUGGGGAGGAACUUCGGUAGUUACGUGACACAUGAAACCAAACACUUCAUCUACUUCUACCUGGGCCAAGUGGCCAUUCUUCUGUUCAAAUCUGGCUAAAAGCAUGGACUGUCCCACACACCCAGUGAUCCAUCCAAAAAUAAGGAUUGCAGCCUAAAUUCCAAAUACCAGAGACUGAGAGUCUUGAGCCUUGCCGAAGGGAACACCUUGAUCUUGAACCUUUAUUGUGUUGUUUCGUACAGGGUAUCGCUGUACUCAUCUGUUGUUAUAAAACAAUUAGCAAAGAAGCUUACAUUUGUAUUUAUUUUCUAUUCCAUACCUCUCUGCCCCAUGUUUUUUUCUCCUCAAAAUCCAUUCCUUUCCCAAAAUAAAAUUUGUCGGAGAA